UAUUUGUUAAACUAAAAAAAAUAUUAAAAAUUCGGUAGAAAAAAAAUGUGAAUAUUCGGUAGAAAAAUAAUAGAAUUAUUGAAUUUUCUUGAAGACUUUAGUUUUGUAUAUUGACUGAUUGUAGAGUAUGUAAUUUAUUCUAAAAAGUUUUUAUUUGAUUCAUUGACAGUUCAUAAAUAUUUGGUGAUACCUACAACCAAUUUGACAUAAUACUUUAUAAAUAAAUUUAAAUGUGUUGUAAAAGAAAAACAAGUGAUGAGUGAAUCCUGUCGAGAAAACCUUCCGCUGUUGUGUGAUGAUUAUUCUGAUGAAGAAUUUCGUAUUCGUAAAUCCAGCCCAAAAUUACAACGCCUAUUUCGGUAUUCAACAUCUGGACGUGCGAGAACUCAGGCAAUAGGCGCUGCUGCUAUCAUCACCCGGUGGCCAGAACAUUUUUCAUCUUUACUAACAUACUGGUGGAUAGGACUUGGCAUGAUUGCGUUCAUGAUUUUUGUCAUGUAUAACAGCAUUGUUGCAAUAUCAAUGCUUCCUCCCACACAUCAUAGACCUUUAAAUUUAAAAACACAAUACAUCUCUGAUCAUGGCGCAACACAUGAUACUGAUAUAUUCAUGCAUAUUUUCGUUACUAAUUAUGAAGAAAUAAACAUAAACGGCUAUUUACCAUAUAUUGAUAGUUUUACUCAAAAAUAUCCAAAUUUCAAGCAUAACUUAGUUGUUAUAAUCAGAGACGAAUCGAAUGAUAGUUUAAAUGAUUUAAGUGAUGAGCAGAAUAAUGAAAUGGCUUUAAAUUCGCUGUGGACGCAUGAGAAAAAAAUUAAUAAAAUAAAAUUACUAAAAAAUACUAAUAUUAAAAUUGUAUCUUUAACUAAAUAUAUGGACGAUUCUCCAUUAAAGAAAUACUGGCGUCGUUUACCGCAACAAUUCUUCGGCUUCUUAACACGAUGUAUUGCAAUAUGGGAAAAGGGAGGUAUAGCGUUUGAUCCAUUAAUACUUACCCCAAAUUCACCUAAUUCAGGCUAUAUAGAAAAUUUGGAACGUGUUAUCGCUAACUUAAGUUCAGAAGAUUUAAAUAAAUCAACAAAAAGAGAUCGUUUAAAAAUAUCUAAAAAAAAAGUCAAUAAUAUAAGAGAUAUUAUAGAAAAUUUAAAAAAUCAAGACGACAACUAUUCUGUGCAAGAAAAUCUAUCAGUGGCAGAAAAUAAAAUUAUUUUGUCUAAAAUAAAUAAUUUGAACAUAUAUGAUAAUAAAAUAAAAAGAAGUACAAAAGAUAUACAGCUUGAGAAAUACAAAAAAAUAGAUUUGUAUAAUAUUCACACAAAUAAAUCUAGAGACUUUUAUGUAACUGAAUAUUUAAAAAACGGCAAUAAGAACUCGGUUGAGUUAAGUAAAGAUCAAGAAUCUAAUCAUUUAUCUUCAACCAAUGGUAUAAAAAAUAAAUAUCAAAUAAAUGACGAAAUGAGUACUAAGCGUAAUCUUCUUCCAAUGUUUUUAGAAUACCUAUAUCACCAACCUGAUAAUGUAUCUGAAAAUACAAAAGAACAAAAAAGUACAAUAAAAAAUUUUACUCUUUCUAAUCAUAUCAAAAACUUCAGUACAAAAAAUGUUACGAAAAAUCAAGCAAACAAUUCUAUAAUAAUGACUUCGUUUAAAAAAAAGGGUUCUAUUGUGAAAGUUGACACUGAAAUCAUUCCCAGUGAAAAGGAUAAUAUUGUUUCGUUGAGUAUCGAUUUGAAGGGUAAUUUAGUUGCCACUAAAACAUCUUGUCAUGCUUUUAUCGGUACUAUUUUUAGCAAUGCCUUACACCAUUCCGAUGACGAAUCAAUCGCAGACUUUAUAAUUACCGAACUGUCAAUAUUUUGUAAAGGUGUUUUAUCGUCAUGUAAAGGUAUUGACAUCAUUUUAUUAUAA